UCUAAAGAAAAAAUCGGAGUUCAAGUUUUGAAACUGUUUUUUCCCAGAGUUUUGAACACAUCACAUGUGCGCAUGUCUGUUUGUAAGAGGAUAAACAAAACCAGCAGCAACAGGUCGUAUUCAGGUGUGACUAUGGGGAAGUCUUUUUCCCACCUCUUUAAGCAGUCAGGCCAAGAUGAGGGCCAGGAGAGCCUCACCUCUCCUCUGGAGGACUCUCAGACUGAGGAGGGGAAGGGUCGAGACGUCUCCCAGUUUCCUUAUGUAGAGUUCACAGGAAGGGACAGUGUGACGUGUCCAACGUGUCAAGGCACCGGGCGGAUACCCAGAGGACAAGAAAAUCAACUUGUGGCAUUGAUUCCAUACAGUGACCAAAGGCUGCGACCCAGGAGGACGAAGCUGUAUGUGUCAGCAUCCGUCGUGGUGUGCCUGCUGCUGUCCAGCCUUGCUGUUUUCUUCCUCUUUCCUCGCUCCAUCGAUGUGUCCUACGUUGGGGUCAAAUCUGUUUUUGUCAGCUACAACAAAGACAAACGCAGCGUUUAUCUCAACAUUACGAAUACCCUAAACAUCACCAACAACAACUACUACUCAGUGGAGGUGGCCAACAUCACAGCUCAGGUGCAGUUUGCCAAGACGGUGAUUGGAAAAUCUCGCAUCAGCAACAUAACUGCCAUCAGUCCUCUGGACAUGAAACAGAUCGACUACAUGGUGUCCACCACCUUUGCAGAUGAGAUGAACUACAUGUAUGACUACUGCAUUCUCCAAACCAUCAAGGUCCACAACAUUGUCGUCAUGAUGCAAGUGACCGUCACCACCACGUACUUUGGUCAUGUGGAGCAGGUGUCUCAGGAGAUGUACCAGUAUGUGGACUGCGGAGGGAACACCACUACCAUUAAAGGGAUGAAGCCAUUUCGCAUCCCACAUCCUGCUGAGUAACCCCACCACCACUCUUAGCUCAUAAGUACAAGAGAACUAUAACGUACUUACAAGACACUAGAACAAAAUAUGAUGAUGAUGAUGAUAAUAUAAUAAUAAUAAGCUGUCUGCCUCUUGUGACUGAGUGAUUGGCUGUGGGAGCUAAGAGCAGCCGGUAGGUGCUGAUGAACUUUAGUCUCACAAGUGUUAUUGCCUCUUUUACUACUCACUCCCUCAAAUGGUUUUGGUUCCAAUCCUUUGUAAGAGGAGUAAACACUGCUAAUCAAUUUUAAUCAAGCAAAAUAUGCAAAACAUCUAAAGACAGAUGUGCAUAUUUUAGACAGCAUUCCAAAAAUAUUGAAGUCUGAUACAUGUGCACUAACCCAACUUCCAAUCCAACAACUUUGACUCUUGUAUAGUAGAGUUGGCCUUCUUAUGAGAAAACAAUUUUUAUAUCAAGAUAAUUGUCUAAUUUAAUUGUAAUCUCUGAAUUCGCAUAAAAGACAAACAUAAUCAGCAACAUAGUUAUUUGGCCGGCUUUUGCUGCCUCACAUGAUAAAAAUCAAAUUUUUGUUAUUUUGUACAAAGUCCUAACGUGUUAAAGUGGCGUUAGCAUUUUCUUAUGACAACCCUAAGUAAUAGAUACCACUGCAUCAUGAUCUAUGAUUUUAUGCACAACGAGGGAACAAAAAGGGUAUUUGUUGAAAUACUAAAAUUAGAUUUGAAGACUUGAUCAGGGUAUCUCCCUGCCUACCAAUCCGAUCUGCACUUUAUAAGUAGAAUUAAAUAGCACUCCGAAUCAGCAGUGUGUUUGUCUCUAACAAAAAGUAAGUAUGAUCUUCUGACUCGCUUAGUAUAGCAUUCUGAUUCCAGGUGCUCAGCAUUACAGUAUAUACUUUUCAUACAAUUUUGUCUCUCUUCAACUUGUAAUUAAUUUAAAAGAAGUGACAUUCCAUUUAAACAAAAGGUUUCUCUUGUGUUGACAAGCUUUUGAGUGAUCCCUAUAUUACUACAAGGAUGCGCUUAGUGAGGCUUGGACUCUUCCUUAGAGAGCAGUAUAGAAAGGCACUACAUUAAAUCUGCAUGGGGGGAGGGGGGGGGGGCAAGUUGGCAGUGCAGGCUAAUGUAUUGAACCUGGAAGAGUUGCUCUUGAAUGCACAAGUGUAGUGGAACCACUAAGAGAGAAACCCAACCUGAGAACCGAUGCAUCUUUUGGUGGCUUUUAGGUCUGCAGUUUUAGCACUCGUUGAUCUUUUUAAAGCUGUACAAAUCUGAAAAUGUAAUUUCAGGAUAUUUAUUGUUAUCAACAAAUAACAGACGAUAUGGAUCCCUGAAGCCAUUUUGUUGAUUAAUCACGAGGGGACGUUUAUCUUUCUAGUAGCGGUUGUAGAACUUUUUUCCUUGAAUAAAGCUUUUUACUCUGCCCUUCCUAUUCUGUAAAUAAGGGAUCUUUAUGAUUUUGAUCCAAUUAAGAAAACACACACAAAGAAUAACUAUGUAUUUUUUCAAUAACGCGCAUAUACUGUACGUAUAUUUUCAUAUUUCAUACAUAUCAUACCUAUUUUGAAUUAAAGAACAUCUUGGGUAUGUAAAAUUUGACAUGAUUUAGGUUGCUAUCCUGUAAUUAUAAAAAUGUAAUACUGUCAUGAACUCCAGCUGUAACAUUUGUAUUGAGUGGGACUUUAUCCUAACAUGCACCUUAACACUCCCGAGUAACCAUUUUACUUUUGAAAAGCUCUUUUCACUACCUCUACUGUAGAUUGAUUUAUUGUGACUUUUUUUUGUGGGAGCACAAAUAAAGUUUUGAAACCUGA